AUGAAACAGCGGGGGCAGGAGCUUGUCUGUAGAAUGAUGCAACAGCAGGGCAUGUGCCUGUUUGGUAUGAUUUACGUUGAAAUGGCUUUGGCGAUGUUUUUCCCAUUUCAUUUUGUACUGAACUUUGUAUCCAAAGCCUUGCUUAGCCUAAGGAAAUACAGUAGAAUGAUGCAACAUCAGGCCAGAAAUAUAAUCCAUGGUAGUGAUGGCCCAGAGACAGCCAAGGAUGAAAUCAAACUAUGGUUUAAACCCGAGGAGUUGGUUAGUUACACGAACACUGCUGAGAAGUGGAUCUAUGGAGUCAAUUGA